CUGCUACGGGCCACUCACUCCACGAGACAUGUCACCUAUCCAUUAAGAGUUAUUAGAAAUCCUAUUUCUUGUUUAUGUGUGUUUUUAAUAUUACAGUGUCGUAUUUCAGUGUUAGUGCUGAAGAAAAAUGGAGGAAGGAUAUGUCGACAUUAACCAUGUACCAACUCGUGUGAUUACUAUUGGUGGUUGGAUUGAUCAGCCGAUCAAACGGAGGCAUUUGAUAAUUGUAAUUCCAGGUAAUCCAGGGCUCAUUGGCUACUAUGAAGAGUUUGUCAAAUCACUUCAUGAUGAACUGCUAGGUGAAUAUGUGAUAUGGGGACUAGGUCAUGCAGGCCAUGACAUUCCAAAAAAUGUUACCUUACCAACUGUAAAUGAUCAACCAGAGCUUUUUACCCUUGACGGUCAAGUGAACCAUAAAAUCAAGUUUAUUGAUACUCAUGUUCCUACUGAUGUGAACUUACACUUCAUUGGGCAUUCUAUUGGAGCUAAAAUUUGUGUUGAGCUUGUCAAACGAUACAGGAAGACACACAAUGCUGCGGCCUACCUACUGUUUCCUACCCUCGAGCGAAUGGCUCAAACUCCGAGUGGAAGGAAACUGUGGCCAAUCCUUGGCCCAUUUAGAAAAGUUGUCAUCCUCGCUGCGUCUUUGAUCAAUCGGCUUCCAGAAUCGUGGCUAACAACGAUCGUCCAAUGGGCCAUGAGUUCGAAAGGAAGUCAAUUGUCUAUUGAAAAUUCGACGUCAUCGGCUUCUGGUACACCGGCUGUAGUCCACGUAAACGUGAGAACUACCAUGAGGCUCCUACACCCACAGGCUUUAGAGCGCUCCCUUUUCAUGGCUCACGACGAGCUGAAAGUUGUGGGUGAAUUGAAUGCUGACGAUAUACGUCUUCACAGUGAUAGGCUUGUGCUGUAUUUCGGAACCAAAGACCAUUGGUGCCCAUUGGAGUACUGCCACAACUUGCAGCGCCAAGUGCCUGAAGCCAGAGCUAUUAUCUGCCCUCACGGAUUCGAACACGCGUUCGUCCUCCAGUCCAGCCAACAGAUGGCCACCAUUGUCAGUGAAUGGAUCAAGGAAUUUUCGUAACACUGCGCGCCGCCUGCCUGUCCGCUGUUCUGUAUAAUCUCAGGUGAUUUACCAACUGAUAUGGGAACAGAGUCCAAAUCGAAAAAAGAAUUUACGUGUUCAAUGUUGACACGUAAUCGGAGCAAGGUGCCAUAACGUGUGGCCUAUGUGCGUGUAUAUAUAAGAUAUUUACUUAAACAAAGCGUCAAGAUACGCCCCGGCGCUCCUCUGUAUUCCUGUGUGAGAAAGAACACGUCAGAG